AUGGGUGGAUCUGGAAGAUUGUGUCAGAGUGCGUACAGAUUUCAAGAUCACUACGAGUACAUUGAGGCCUGGAUUAACAAGAUGAUGUUACCAGAUAGAGUGACGUUUGUUUGUCAAGAUUGGGGCUCUGGUAUAGCCUUCCACUGGUGUCAUAUACAUCCAGAAAGGGUGAAGGCGAUUGUACACACAGAAAGCUUAGUUAUGCCAGCAACCUCGUGGAAACAGUGGCCAUUAAUGCAUAAACUGAUUUUUCGAAGUCUUCGUACAAAACCGGGCGAAAAGAUGAUUCUUAAAGACAAUUUCUUCAUCGAGAGAAUCCUGCCGGCAAAUACUUUGAGAAAACUUCAUGAAGUAGAAAUGAACGCGUACAGGCAACCGUUUGUUGAGAAAGGUGAAAGUAGAAGACCUAUGCUAACCUGGCCAAGAGAAAUACCUUUCAUAAGUGAAGGACCUUAUGAUGUUCUGAAAGUCGUUCAAGACUAUGCACGAUUCAUGGAACGCAGCGAGUCGAUUCCGAAAUUGUUCAUCGAGGCAGAUCCAGGGGUCUUCAGUAAAGCAAUAUCCGAAACAGCCAAAGCGUGGCCAAACACAAGAACAGUUAAAGUACGAGGUUUGCAUUACGUGCAAGAAGACUCGCCAAAAGAAAUAGGACAUGCCAUAGCAAACUUUCUGGGUAGUGUCUACACCACUUGA